GGAGUAGGAGUGGGAGAGGAGGAGGCGGAGAAUGAGGAGCAAAAGGAGGAGGAGGAGGAGGAGGAGAGGGGGGAAUGUACGAGAGAUGGCGGACAGACGUUCAAUAGUGCUAGACACGAGCACCUUGAUACUGACCUACUCCUAAAUCAAAUUAGUGCUGCAAACACUAGGCAUUGUUGUGCUUCGGUUCUAAGCCUGGUUGUUAGACAACAUAUUCGAGGAAGCACACUCACGAAAGAUGUGUUGGUGGAGAACGACAGAUUUCCAAUAGAUUUCUUUUUGAUGUCCUUCCAACGCGAAGAGAAAUCGGGCAAGAUCGGCUUGCAACAGCUCAACGAGGCAAAAGAGGAGUCCCGUCCGCCUCAUCUUUCAGCCAGUGGCCCAGAGAAAGUGGUUGAGUAUGCUUCUACGUAA